UAAAAAUAUGCAAAUGAUAAAAAAAUCAUAUGAGUAGAAAACAUCAUUUAGUAUAUAUCAAUACUAAAAAUACACAAUAUAUAUAUAUAUGUUAACGUCAUUUAAAUUUAAUUAUAUACCAUAUAAAAUAGAAAAAAUAAUUGUUUGGAUUAAUGAAAUUUAGUUAUGUGUUCACAUCAAUUUAAUUAUAUAUGUAAUAGUUACUGGCUUUUUAAUUAUUCAGUAUAUAUUUAUUGUCUUAUAAAUAUGUAAAAGAACAUAUAAUACAUCAAAAUAAUAUAUAUAAUAUUUGUUCCGCGCAAAGCGCGGGUAUUAACCUAGUUUAUAUUAUACAACAAUAUCUAACUUAUUAAUCUAGCUUUACCAUCGACAAAUAUUAAUUUUACUACUUCAUUCCACUACUUCAUGACCGCCUACACCUCCAGCAUCACCUCUAUAUAUACUCACUCACCUUUACGCUGUGCCACCACCUUUACAAGCUCCACUUCCGUUACCACUAGCAUGACCUCCAUUACAUGUUGAUCAUCCCUUCCGCCACUGCCUCAGCCAGCCACUGCAACUCGUCAUUUGUGUGAGAAAGAAGAGACAAAUUAACAGAUUAGGGUUUGUAAAAGAGUAAAGUGAUUUUCCGUAAAAGAGUAAGUGAGAAAUUAUAAUUUACAGGCUAAAAGGAAAAGGUUUGCUUAGUUACUAGUAUUGACCCAUGAUUCGCAUGGGAGUAUUUUAUUUUCUUAGAAAUAUAAUAUAGAUGGAUGCACAUUAUUUUGAAGGUAUAAAUUAUUUGAUAUGAACAAAGCAAAAAGUUACAAUUUGACAUUGUUGUUUCAAAGUUACAAUUUGUUUAACAAACAUCACGCCUCCAUUUAGAGAUUGCAAACAUUUGAUAAGAUUCAAAUACUUAUCGAAUUUACUUGAUUACAGGCUAUGUCCUUUACUCCUUUUGAAUGAUUAAUAUAUCACCUAUCACGGAAGCGUCUCUUUUGAGUAAUUACAGGCUAUAUCCAAGUGUGUGUCGAAUUUAUAGGAACUGAGAAGAUAAAAAACUGUGGAGGAAGGAUGAUCGUGUGUAGUGCAGUGCUCUUAGUGGAUUUUGUUUAUAGAAGCCGUUGCUACAAUUUUUUUUCCUCGCCUACAGUUUUUUUUCAACAUUAUUUUGUUUUUAAAAAAUUGUAAACAUAUCUUAUAUGUCAGAAUUUAAUUGGCUAAGUGACUUGUGAUUUAUUAUACAAGAGAUAAGAGGUUUUUAGGUAAGUAACAAGAGGAAAGUAUGUGCCCAGCUUAAAGUAUGUGAAAUGUAACUAAAAGUAUGUGCAAUGGUAAAUUUUUCACCUAGAAUAUAUUAAAAUAAUAUAAUUCAAAUCUAAAUAAUAUCUAUAAAUGUAGAUGUUCCGUAUGCUCAUGGUACUUAUAUUUUCGUGAUCUAACAAAAAAAAUAUACAAAAAUCAUAACAAUUUUUUUUACUCAUAGUUCAACAUGAAUCCCGCCAUUAGUUUGAAAACAUUAGGCAAAAUUUUGUCGAGAGUUUGGUGAUAUAAAACUUAGCGCUAACAUAUCAUCACGAACACACCAUCUUGUUUAUGAUUAAUGAACAAGUAGAGCCGUAGAGGAAUGUUACAUCGAGUUACCCAGGUUAUUUUAUUACUCUCUUUUCUAUUCAUUAUCCUAUUGUAAUUGUAAAUUCCUGUGCAUAACAGCGUGUUGUAACAACGAAGGAAAAUAGAAGACUUAAGUGAGAUAUGGAGAGAAUGAAAAAAACUGAACAAACUAGACAGAGAUAUGCCGGAAAUGAGAGAAGUCUGGAACCACUUUCUUUAAAACCAUCUAUUGCUUCACAUUCACAAAAACGCACCACCAAAAAUGUACCUUUGAGCUCUAUUUUUAAUAUAGUUUUGAAUGAGUUACAAACACAAGUAGAGGACUGGUGUACACUCCUACAUACAACAAGCCAAAUAACAAAAGAGGUGACAACGUAACCUUAGUUCACUUCUGUUAGAGAACACAGUAAAUGGCAAGUUUUUCUUUGUCCAACAUCACCAAUAUAUCAAGAGAAUGAGAAUUUCCGACAGUUCCAUUUUCUGAAGUGAAAAUAUGCCACAUAGUAAACACCAUUUAUAAAUUUAUUUGAGCACUUUGCAAACCCCACGUAUUGUUUUUAAAAUAUAACAACAUAUCAAACAUGUAAUUUAAUACUAAACUCAAAAAUACUUAUAGAAAAAAUGUCUUGAAAAUAUUUAAAAUAUGAUAUAUUAAAACAAAUAUACUAAGGAUUCAUUAAUGUUUGUACACCAAGAGGUUCGGAAUUCAAACCCAGAAAGAUCUAAAUUAUGCAGAUUACGAAAAAAAAAGUUACAAAAGAUCUUCAACAUAGUGCAGGGGUACUAUCGGACAUAGAUAUCGUAAGGUGGCUCGAAGAGUUGCAGCCAGACGUAUAUUCUUAUAAAGUUGUAGAAUUAUCAGCCGUAGAAUCGUCUAUGUACAUACUACAUAGUAUAAUUAACUAGACGUUUAAAAAAUAUACUAUUACUAUAUUUAGAAAUAGAAAAUGUGCGCGGACUUUGACAGUUUAUAACACAGAUGUCUUGUAUCGGAUUAUGAUGAGUUUGGAGUUUGGGGUUCGGUAUCACAAUAUUGAGCCUAUACUGGGCCGUAAAACUGGGAUAAAAAUGGGCCAAUAACCAAGAAAAUGGAGUUGGAGAUGGUCUCCGUCACCACCGGGUUUUAAGCCGCGAACUCAGUAAUGAAUAUUAUGAUUUCAAAUACAGCGAUCGGUAGUCACGAGGGAGAAGGGAGAGAAAGAGCACAGAGAUGACGUCAGAGAAGAGAUUCAUCUACGAGGUGGAAGCUGCUAAGGAAGCCACCGAUGGAAAACCCUCCAUUGGUCCUGUCUAUCGCAGUACUUUGGCCAAAGACGGAUUCCCUGACCCGAUCGACGGUAUCCACAGCUGUUGGGAUAUUUUCCGCACGGCUGUUGAGAAAUAUCCAAACAACCGAAUGCUUGGCCAACGUGAGAUUGUGAACGAAAAGGCAGGAAAGUACGAGUGGAAAACAUACAAAGAAGUAUAUGACAUUGUCAUUAAACUUGGGAAUUCUCUUCGCAGCUGCGGGUUUGAGGAGGGAGGAAAAUGUGGUAUCUAUGGUGCAAAUUGUCCUGAAUGGAUCAUAAGCAUGGAGGCCUGUAAUGCACACGGCCUCUAUUGUAUCCCUCUAUACGAUACAUUAGGCGCUGGUGCAGUGGAGUUCAUUAUUUCUCACGCAGAGGUUGCAAUUGCUUUUGUGGAGGAGAAGAAAAUCCCUGAGCUUUUUAAGACAUGUCCAAACUCUACAAAAUAUAUGAAGACUGUUGUGAGCUUUGGUGGCGUCAAACCGGAACAGAAAGAAGAAGCUGAAAAGUUGGGUUUGGUAAUACAUGCUUGGGAUGAGUUCUUGAAGUUGGGUGAAGGUAAACAAUAUGAGCUUCCGGUUAAAAAGAAAAGUGACAUAUGCACGAUUAUGUAUACUAGCGGAACCACUGGUGACCCAAAGGGAGUUCUAAUUUCAAACGAGAGCAUUGUUACUAUAACAACUGGAGUGAUGCAUUUCCUACAGAGUGUGAACGAAUCACUAACUGAGAAGGAUGUAUAUAUUUCGUAUCUUCCUCUUGCUCACGUCUUUGACCUGGCUAUCGAGGAAUGUAUCAUUCAAGUGGGUGGUUCAAUUGGUUUCUGGCGCGGGGAUGUCAAGCUGUUGAUUGAAGACCUUGGGGAGCUAAAGCCAAGUAUUUUCUGUGCUGUUCCCCGUGUCCUAGACCGAGUAUACACAGGGCUGCAGCAGAAAUUAUCUGUUGGCGGUUUCUUCAAGAAGAAGGUUUUCAAUGUUGCAUUUUCCUAUAAAUUUGGAAAUAUGAAGAAGGGACAGUCUCACGUCGCGGCCGCUCCAUUCUGUGACAAACUUGUCUUCAACAAGGUUAAACAAGGACUGGGAGGAAAUGUGAGGAUUAUUCUAUCUGGAGCAGCUCCUCUUGCUAGUCACAUAGAGUCAUUUCUUAGAGUUGUGGCAUGUUGUCAUGUUCUACAAGGAUAUGGUCUAACUGAGAGCUGUGCUGGAACAUUUGUCACGUUCCCAGACGACCUGGACAUGCUUGGUACAGUUGGUCCACCUGUGCCAAACGUAGAUAUACGCCUGGAAUCUGUACCGGACAUGGAAUAUGAUGCUCUUGGAAGUACCCCGCGGGGCGAAAUCUGCAUCCGUGGGAAAACCCUUUUUUCUGGGUACCACAAACGUGAAGACCUCACAAAAGAGGUUCUUAUUGAUGGAUGGUUUCACACAGGUGAUGUUGGUGAGUGGCAACCAGAUGGAAGCAUGAAGAUAAUUGACCGGAAAAAGAACAUAUUCAAACUAGCUCAAGGAGAGUAUGUUGCAGUUGAGAGUUUAGAAAACGUCUACGGUCAAGUAGAGGCCAUUGAUUCAGUAUGGGUGUAUGGGAACAGCUUUGAGUCCUUCCUUAUCGCAGUUGUUAACCCGACUCAGCGAACUCUUGAAAGCUGGGCCGUAGAGAACGGAGUUGAUGGAGACUUCAACUCUAUCUGUCAAAAUGCAAAAGCAAAAGCAUUCAUACUUGGAGAACUUGUUAAGGCAGGCAGAGAGAGAAAGUUGAAAGGUUUUGAGAUCAUUAGAGCUGUUCAUUUGGAACCGGUGGCUUUCGACAUUGAAAGAGAUCUUCUUACUCCUACCUACAAAAAGAAGAGGCCUCAAUUGCUCAAAUACUAUCAAAAUGUGAUUGAUGAGAUAUACAAGGCUGCAAAGGAAGGUCAAGGUUCAGGACAGUAGAUUCCUUCUACUAUAUAUUCAACAUUACCUUUUCUUUCUUUUCCAUGAUCGGGCAUGCCUUUCUUCAUUAAGGUUCUCUAAAUAAGCUUUUGUUAAUGUCUUGAGAUAUUACAUAGCAUCUUAACAUGCUACUACUUUUGUUAAUAUUUUAGGAUGUUUCAUAGCAUCUUGACAUGCUACUUCAUCUCUUACUUUAUACUUUUAUUUCGAAAGCCCAA